AAGACAAAAAUGUUACCAGAAGCCGGCGCCUUGUGCAUGAGAUCAAUAUAUUGAGAAAACAAUACAAGGACUGGGAACCUACGACAAAGAUUAUGAAAGAUAUCAAGCUUCGCCUGGAACCUUUCAAAGACAUUAUCCUUGAGAGAGCGAGACUAUGA